AUGACUGCUAACAUAAAGCCAGAUGGUGACAAUGAAUACGAAUACGAACUGUCUGACAUCGAAAUUCAGCAGAUCAAGGAACACAAUCAACGUAGAGUGAAGCGAGUGGUGGCGUUGGUCGCUUUGCUGAUGACGCUUCUCGCACUUGGUCUUGUGGCGAUGUCACUUGCACUGGGAAACCGGAUCGAUAUGAUGGUUGAAGAGGAUCUGGAGAAACGAGCGGCCGAAGUAUAUCUUCGCACUGGCAUCAACAUCACCGAACGUCGAUAG